AGGAUUGACUGCACAGAAGAAAAGGAAGGAGACCCUUUUGUUAUUGAGAGGUCAGUAUUCUAAACUUCUUUGCUUGAGAAAAGUUGAGAGACCAAAGCUCUUUGUAGAUUUAUGUAAAUCAAACCAGUGAGUUGAUCAAACAGUGUCAAUAGGGCUAGACACUAGAAGAGCAGUAUCAUUCGUGUUGGCGCUAUGCUCUGUUGAUUUCAUUCUGUUUACAUCGACAAAAAAGUUGUAGCCUUCUCAUUGACAACUCCAUGCACUUACAUCGGGCUAUAUUAAAUUAUAUUGCACUGGAAGCGAUAGAGACUUGGUCUAUAUUACAUGCUUAUAUCAUGUAGAACGAUGGAUCUGUUCGUCGUAAUUCUGACCACCUUGGUCGUAGCUACGGCUGCCAACAACGCCACACUGUACACGGUGGAGGAAGCAUUGGAAGACCAGUAUAUUGUCGUGCUGAAGCCAAUAUAUACUGAUGAAAAUGUUGAAGCAAUCAAGCGAAUGAUCCUAGAUGACGUUUCUGGAGUCUAUUUUGGUUCUUCCAUCAGGCAUACCUACACCAACGCCAUCAAGGGUUUCUCGGCUACGCUAACCCAAAGGGCUCUCGAAAAGCUACUAUCGAGAGAAGAGAUAGAAUACAUAACCCAAGAUGGCGUCGUCCGUACCUCAUCCGUUAAAUCAUGGGGCUUGGAUCGUAUUGAUCAGCGAUAUCUACCUCUAGACGGGACAGCAGAUUUUACAGGUGACGGUACAGGUAUCCAUGCGUAUAUCAUCGACACAGGGAUCUAUCCUGAAAGCGUAUACUUUAAUGGCAGAGCCAGUGUUGCCUUUGAUGCGUACCGUGAAGAGGGGGCUGAAGAUUACGGCAUUGAUUGCAACGGCCAUGGAACGCACUGUGCGGGAAUCAUAGGCGGCGAUGAAUACGGAGUGGCCAGGGGUGCCAAGCUCUUUGGAGUGAGGGUGCUGAACUGCAAGGGGUCCGGUCCAACUAGUGACGUCAUAGCAGGUAUUGAUUAUGUGACUGAGAACGGAAAGAAACCCGCCGUAGCAUCCAUGUCACUCGGCGGAUUUUCCAAUAAGGCUAUGGACAAUGCCGUGGAAGGUUUGAUUGCAGCCGGUGUCACCGUGGUCGUGGCGGCUGGAAAUUUUGAUAUGAAAGCAUGUUCAUUCUCACCUGCUCGAGUCAACGAGGCAAUAACGGUUGGUGCUACGGACAUCGAUGACGUUAGGGCUGAUUUUUCUAAUUACGGAAAGUGUGUUGAUAUCUUUGCUCCUGGCGUUAAUAUCCCUAGUGCAUGGAUCGAUGGGACGACUGAAACGCGCACUCUCAGUGGUACAUCCAUGGCUUGUCCAUUCGUGGCCGGUGCUGUUGCUGUCGCCCUGGGAAACGCACGUGGGCAAACACCGGCUGAACUCAAACAGGAGAUUAUUGAAGACGCCACUGAAAAUGUUAUUAAGAGCGUCAAGGAGCGAUCGCCGAAUAAAUUGCUUUAUGUCCCAUAGACUUUAUUUAUCAUGAGAUGGUUUCGUGUUAAGGACUGUAACUUCGAGAAAGAAAGCCCAGAGUAAGAUGAGAAUCCACACGAACCGUCCCUCUAUUUGCAUGAGUGAAUUUAAACGCACUCCACCAUCAUUGUUUCCAUGACAUUAUGCAUCUACAGCGGUCUUUCAUGACGGAACGGAAUUGUUUGUCGCGAUGCAUUUGUAUCGUAACAUAAUAAAUUCAAAUGUCAAAUUAAUAUAACUAUAAUAACAAUGAUAAAUUUAAAAAAAGGAUACAACCAUUCCCGCAUACAUUCGUAAUUCCGAAGGUUCGUUAUUCCGAAGGUUCGGAUAUUCCGAAGGUUCGUUAUUCCGAAGGUUCGUAAUUCCGAAGGUUCGUUAGUCCGAAAAAGAAAUGAGGUUCGUAAUUCCGAAGGUUCGUUAGUCCGAAAACGAAGUGAGGUUCGUAAUUCCGAAGGUUCGUUAAUCCGAAAACGAAAUGAGGUUCGUAAUUCCGAAGGUUCGUUGAUCCUAAAACUAAUGAUUAACGAACCUUAUUUCGUUUUCGGACUUACGAACCUUCGGAACAACGAACCUUAUUUCGUUUUCGGAUCAACGAACCUUCGGAACAACGAACCUUAUUUCGUUUUCGGAUUGACGAACCUUCGGAACAUCGAACCUUAUUUCGUUUUCGGAUUAUCGAACCUUCGGAAUAACGCCACAAAUGUUCGGAUUAACGAACCCUUUUACGUUUUCGGAUUAACGAACAUCGAGGUAUGGGCAAUUUACGUGUUUCGGAAUUACGAACCUUCGGAAUUACGAAGUGUAAAAGGUAUAAACAGUUAGUCCAUAGAAAGGAUCCAAAUCAGAGUCCUACGUACUAAUCCAAAAUGGCGAUGGUAAAGACUCCGUCAAUUGUAGUCCACAAUGCUGGCGAUGAUGAAAGUGAUGUUGAAUUGCGAUGGGUGAUCACAGUCACUGUACUGAGCUAAACUGUUACAGUACUAAAAUGUAUGCCUGAGGAUUAAGUUGAUGAUAAACAGUUGAUUUCAGCAACUCAUUGGUUGAUAAAAACGUUCUAAAGAGGUUGAUGGUCAUGUACUGUUAAUUCCGGCCUCUCUUAAAAAAUAGUUGCUAACAGUUAGGUUAAGAAAUGAGAAUAAUUCCUCAGAAACUAAAUAAUACUUGAUUCCACAUGCAUAAACAUGAUAACGGUAAACUAUGCACGGAGAUAAAUUCUUGGCUCCUAAAUUCUGAAAUUCCAGAAGGAUGUCUUAGCCUUUUUAUAUCAAUUUCAAAUUUUCUAGAAGCUUCUUCCAAAUUCAUCUAAAAUAAGAGGAGGAUUUGACAAAGGCCACUGCUAAAACAAUCUCUCGAGUUAUGAACAACCAAAUGAAUAAAAUAAUUCUCUUAAAAUCCUUCUUUUGUGUCACACGAAUUUUAUAGAAGCUUUUAAAUUUAUCUAAAAGAACAACAUUUUCUAUUCUUCUUGACAAAUCCACUGUUAAAACAAUUUCUGGAGUUAUGGACAACCAAAACUUUCUUACGACAGUUUGACACCUUGUGUCUAGAUAUACCUCAGUCACAUUUCCCCUACGGCGGCCGUACGGCGAGUCGAAAACAUUAUUUUUUCAAACCACCUGUAAAAUGUUAAAACGGCUGUUUUCGACUCGCCAAACGGCCGCCAUGAGGAAAUUGUGACUGCGCUAUAUAAUUGUUAGCCAAUAUUCGGGGUGACGGUCCUUAAUUGUGUGACUAGGCGCGUCUAUAGGUCUAGUGGUUCUGACAUUCGAAUCCUAGCCAUGGCGUGUUUUCCUUCAGCAAGAAAUUUAUCCACACUGCAGCUGCACUCGACCCAGAUGAGGUGAAUGGGUACCCGGCAGGAUUAAUUCCUUGCAUGCACUGAGCACCGGUGAUGGUAGCUCGAGCUAAAGCCGGGGUGCGGAAUAAAGCACUUUGUAUCCUCAGGCACAAAGCGCUAUAUAAAUCCAGCUAUUGUUAUUAUUAUUAUUUCUAUCUCAAUAGUAUAGUAUAAUUUUCUAAAUUAUUCAUUUCAUAUCUAUGUCUUUUAAACUAUUUCCUAAAAAAUAAAUGUCAAUGUAAACCCCA